AUGUUAAAUAAGCUAUGAAUAGUUAUUUUUUAAUAUGCAUCUAUGCCCUGCUUUCCAACAAAGGAGGAAAUUAUUCUAUCUAAGAGUGGUACUAAACGUUGUUGUUCGUUUGGCCUGAAUAGUCUGUCAAACUCUUUUGGCUAAAUUGCACGCUCUUAAUUAACAACUGGAAAUAGCGUAAUUACGAAACAUGUAGAAAGACAAACAAUGAACAUGGAACGAAAGCUUGUCUUAACCAAGGAAGCAUUUCCUAGGUAUGCUUACACGUCAAAAAACGCCGAACAACUUGACAAAAAAGGAACAUGUUUAAGAUCCACUUACCAUUCAGCUACUGACCCACCAUUGGACUUCGGUGAGAUCAGUAUUGCAAUUAAAAGUUUCCAUUUGAAUUCACUUUCGGCAGAUGAAUUACGAUACAAGAAAACUUUAAAAAAAGAAGGCAGGUCGGAAACAGCACAUAACGGAGACGAAACAACCGAAGAAAAACGAAAAGGAUGUAUAAAUCCACAAAUUACAAUUACAACGUACGAUGACGUUCAACAUGGCAGCAUCAGUCCAUUUAAAGACAUUACCGGCGACAUUCUCAUCAUAGUAGAAGACAAUCCGAAGGAAACAGACAAAGCAUUAAACCCCGUCAGAAGAAACUUAGACAAGAGUUUAAUCGUCAAGAGUUGCUCUCGUGAACAAAUUGCAAAGACAAUUUGUACCUCAUUGGAAAUAUUUGUUUUGCGAGUUCUGAAAAGUCGAAUAACUGCAUUAAAGAAUCUUUAUGAUCAGCUUAAGCCGAUCGAAGAUGUUGACACACCAUCUACCACAAGAUCAGGAAAGAAAUUUCGAGAAAUAGAAUAUUUUUCUGAUAGACAGCAGAUCGAAAUGAUCAAGGACACACUUCAUGAAGCCCAUGCUUUGUACAGAAGAAGUGGAAUUUCUCAAGACGAGAGUUCUUUUGGAGAAGCUGAUGUACCCAUUCUCAGUGACAAGCUUGCAAAAUCUCUUUACAUCAUCGACGACAGAAUUUACGGAUGCGGUUUCAGAAACUCAACACUUGAGAUAUUCGUAAACGUGUCGCAAGGUAUUAUGAGUGACAAGGCAUACCAGCAAUUGUGCCUGAAGAUCGGAGCUACUGCGAAGGAGUAUGAUGUUUUCGAAACUGAAAUAAAGGUUGGACGAUAUGAACAGGUCAACUAUUCUUCCUGUCAAGUAGGCACUAGAAUCAAGAGCGACAUGGGGCAGUUUGCGACACUUGGUGGUUUUGCAAGAAAGGAAGGAACAUUGCAUGUCCUACUCGCUAGACACUUUGCCGACCCUGAACAAGUUCGAUCAAUAUAUUACAUUGACGGGGAAGAGGGGAGUACAUUUCUUGCACGCGUGUUGUCUGGUUCACACCGUGGUAUAUAUGAUAUAUCUGUUGGAAAGGUUUCGCCAAAUAUCUCAAAUACAAUGUUUCGGAAUAGCGACGGUCAUCCAAUGAACAGCUCGUUAAUGGACAUGUCAACGGUCAAUCGCAGAGAUUUAUGUGAACGGCAUGUUCAUUUCUGGGCAGAUGAACAACAACCGAGAGUUGGAAAAAUUGUAAUCCCCGACUUCGAUGAAAGGUCGUCAAACACUCGAUAUGUUCUUAUAAAAGAACUACUGGAGUUCAGUGAAGAACACAAUGAGUUAAGACCUCGUAGAUUAUGCAAAAUGGGCCAUAGUGGAGCUAUCUUCUGUUCUGAUGACAUCGACGGGCAGUGUGUACAUGUAUGUACAAUGCUCAUGGGAUCCUUAAAUAGUCGAGACAUGGCGAACAAUCCAAAUGUGCAGGGCGAGUAUACAUCGUUUCCGCUAAACCAAGGAAUUACACAACUUAAUGAAGAGCAUGGCGGAGAUUUUAACAUCUGCUAAAAUAAAGUGAGUUCAAGACAUGAGGCAAACGAUCUCAAGAUUACAAGCAAAUACCUAGUAGGGAAUAACAAUAAGUUCAUUGACACGACUGUGUCUGAGGACAGCGUUUAUCUAUUUGACAAUUGUGUAGAAAGAAAUACAUGUUGACAUAUGUUUUGUAGCGUUUGGUCUCGUUGCGUGGCCGUUGGUCCUUUUAUUGUUUGAUUUAACCAAAAGUUUUAUUUGGUGUACCUUUUUGCUUUAAUUAACGAUCAGUGUUGAAAAAAACCUUUUUGUUUUAAUUGUUAAUCAGUGUUGUAAAUAUAUACCUUUUCAUUUAAUUGUUGAUCAGUGUUGUAAAUAUAUACUUUUUGAUUUAGUUAUUGAUCAGUGUUGUAAAUACAUACCUUUUGAUUUAAUUGUUGAUCAGUGUUGUAAAUAUAUACCUUUUGAUUUAAUUAUUGAUCAGUGUUGUAAAUAUUUACCUUUUGAUUUAAUUGUUGAUCAGUGUUGUAAAUAUAUACCUUUUGAUUUAAUUGUUGAUCAGUGUUGUAAAUAUAUACCUUUUGAUUUAAUUGUUGAUAAGUGUUGUAAAUAUAUACCUUUUGAUUUAAUUGUUGAUCAGUGUUGUCAAUAAAUACCUUUUGAUUUAAUUGUUGAUCAGUGUUGAACAAUACCUUAUUGUUAUAAUUGUUGAUCAGUGAUAAACAAUAUCUUUUGUUUUAAUUGUUGAUCAAUGUUGAAAACAUAAAUGUGUUAAAUGGACAUGACGAAAUACAAAACAGCUUGAAAAAAGUUUUGAAUGCAAUGUUUGCGUACAGUUUGAUAUCAUAUAUUCAAGGAAAAUAAUAGAAACAACAUUUGACUUUAAUUUUAAAGCAAUAUGAUAAAAUUGAUUCUGUAAUAACAUAGGGUCUUAUGCGAAAAAUGCUCUCUGUGAAACGUUAAAGAUAUUCAAACUUAACAUUUUGUAAUUUGAAGUGAAACUUUACCAGGAGCAUCUUUUUUGUAGUAUUGAUUUGAUGGAUUAUCUUAAAUUAUUCAACAUGUGUACCUGUGAAUAUGCCUUUUGUGUGUAUAUUGAUUAUAUCAUUUUAAUA